AUGAGGGGCAUCGAUCCUACCCGUCCUCAGACCGCCACUCCUACAGGAGAAAACGUGAGGGACAUCGUAUACUCUUUUGAGAACGCCACUCAGCAUUGUCGGUCUGGGCGACAGAAAAACCGUCGAGCACCCAAUAUCGAGACUGAUGUAUAUGAAGGUAAGCUCCAUGCGGUCAAGCUGCAGUCCGAAGCCGAGAGCUCUAGAGCAGUCCCUGCCAUACCGGCCAGGCCUGCCCCGGGAAAGGGCAAAGCACAAGCAGCACCCGGAUGGGAGAACGACGAUGCCACAGAGAUUUGCAAAGACAGACCGUCGAGAACGUCGAAUCGUCGACGGGAGCGAGAGCUCGAGUCCCAACUUGCCCUUGCCAAAGAGGACGUCGCUCGGAUUUCCGCCCAACACACGAAAUGUGAGGUUGAGAUCGAAGGACUACAAAGUGAACUAGCCAGACUACGACUUGACAAGCUCGAAGUUGCGCAGAGGGCGCAAGAAGUCAUGGCAGAGAUGGAAAUAGAGAUGGACAAGAAAAUGACGCGAUUAAAAAAACGAAUCGAAACCGCCGAGCACAAGGAAAUCGAGCUCAAAAAGGACCUGGAAGCAAGCCAGACCCGAGAGCACGACUUGAUCCGCGAAAUCGGGGAGCUAAACGAAACCGUUAUCAAAGCCUCCGAGGAGCUUCGCCAAGACUGCGAAUACCAAAUAAGCCGGCGCAGAGAAUUGAGAAAUAGCGCGGGCCAUAAACAGCUCCCUGUGCAAACAGAGGUAGUAUCUAGCCCGAGAACCCCUGUUGAAGAGGUAGACGGGCAUUCAAAGUACGACAGUGAUUCUACGCCCCAUGGUUCCGUCUUUGAUUCUACGACCGCAACAAGCAACUCCCUUCUUGGAACCUCGGUAAGCACUCGCACAGAUUUGACCGCCGAUGCAGACCACGAGCAGAACCAAAAGGGUGUCAGAGGCAGUACAGCACGCAAAGACCAAAGGCACUACUCGAACAGCACAAGGACGUCUCUAUCUAAAUCUAAUGCUAGAGAGUCCGAGAACAGCUUGUUCUUUGUACGAAAAAAGGGGGAAAGGCCUUACGUGUUGGCAUUCUUUGGCUUCAACUUGGGAUGGAUAACCGCUGUGGUGUAUGGCGGUAUAUAG